UAGUGAAAGAGAGGGAUGAGGGAGAAGAAGAAGCAUAAGCUUAAAUGGAGCAAGCUCUACACGUUCUCGUGCCUUCGGCCGGGCGCGGACGACCAGGCCGAUCGGCUUUUCGGGCAGCCGGGGUUCUCGCGUGUCGUGUUCUGCAACGAGCCCCGGCUGCACAGGAGCAAGCCGUAUAAGUACUCUGGCAACUACGUGUCGACGACGAAGUACAACGUCGUGACGUUCGUCCCGAUCGCUUUGUUCGAGCAGUUCCGUCGGGUCGCGAACUUGUACUUCCUUCUCGCAGCGAUUCUGUCGCUAACGCCGCUGGCCGCGUUCAACCGCGUCAGCGUGGUGGCCCCGCUUGUGUUCGUGAUCGGGAUUAGCAUGAUCAAAGAGGCCGUCGAAGAUUGGAACAGGUUCUUGCAGGAUAGGAAAGUGAAUUCGAGGAAGGUGUUGGUUCACGCUGGAGAAGGAUUGUUUGUGCAGAAAUCAUGGGAGGAUUUGGCGGUUGGAGAUGUGGUGAAGGUCUCCAAAAACGAGUAUUUCCCCAGCGAUCUUCUUCUCCUCAGUUCGAGCUACGAGGAUGGCCUUUGCUACGUGGAGACGAUGAAUCUCGACGGCGAGACAAAUCUCAAAGCGAAACGCAGCUUAGAAUCGACUCUCUCACUGGACGAGGAAGCCUCGUUUCGCGAUUUCAGAGCCACGAUUCGCUGCGAGGAUCCGAAUCCGAGCCUCUACACAUUCGUUGGUAAUCUGAUUUUGAACGAGGAGACGCAUUCGUUAACUCCGGCGCAGAUUUUACUGCGCGAUUCGAAGCUCAGGAACACGGAAUUCGCGUACGGAGCGGUGAUUUUCAGCGGCGGAGACACGAAGGCGGUGAGGAAUUCCACGAGAUCUCCGUCGAAGCGGAGCAGAGUGGAGAGGACGAUGGAUCGCGUGAUUUAUCUCCUCUUCGGAGUGAUGGUUUUUAUAUCUCUGGUGACGGCGGUCGGAUCUGCGGUUUUCACGAUGAAAUCGGAUGUGGAGAGGUGGUAUCUGCGGCUUCACGGCGGGGAUGAUGAGCUGUUUGAUCCGCAUCGGGCGGCGUUGAGCGGUUUUCUGCAGUUUGUGAAGGCGUUGAUGCUUUACGGCUACUUGAUUCCGAUCUCUCUGUAUGUGUCGAUUGAGGUGGUGAAGGUGCUGCAGGCGAUGAUGAUCAACAAUGAUUUAGCAAUGUAUGAUGAGGCGACGGGGAAGGCGGUGGAGGCGAGGACGUCGAAUCUGAACGAGGAGCUCGGGCAGGUGGAGAUGAUCUUAUCGGAUAAGACGGGGACGCUGACGUGUAAUCAGAUGGAGUUCAGGAAGUGUUCAAUUGAGGGGAUUUCGUUUGGUGGUGAGGUGACUGAGGUUGAUUUAGCAGCUUCUAGAAGGAUGAACAUUGAUGUGGAGAGGCAUAGGUUUAGUUUGGACGGCGCCUCUGAUUCGACCGCGAGGAGUGUUGAGAUGCUUGAUCUGUUCACGGCGGAUGGCAGCACGGAGAAGGAAGGUUUGAGUGGCGGUGGCUGUGGUGGUGGGAAAGGGAGGGAUUCAAGGGUGUCGGUUUCUGAGAAGGAGAGGGGGAUUAAGGGGUUUAACUUUAGGGAUGGGAGGUUGAUGGAUAAGAUGUGGAUUUACAGGUCUAAUGUGGGGGAGAUGUUGAUGUUUUUUAGGGUGAUGGCUCUUUGUCAUACUGGGAUUCCGGUUGAGGGGGAGGCGGGGUACGAGGCUGAGUCGCCUGAGGAGGUCGCGUUUCUUGUUGCUGCCAGGCAGUUCGGGUUUAGGUUUUAUCAGAGGACUCAAUCUGCUAUGGUUGUUGAGGAAGUUGAUCCUAUGUCUGGGGCGGAGGUGAUGAGGGAAUAUAAGCUUUUGAAUUUGCUGGAGUUCAAUAGCUCAAGGAAGAGAAUGUCUGUGAUAGUGAGGAAUGAAGAUGGUGAAAUCUUCCUUUUCUGCAAAGGGGCUGAUGAGGUUAUCUUUGACAGGCUGAGCGACGGCGGGAGGACGUACCAGCAAGCAACUGUGAUGCACCUGUCGAACUAUGCAGAAGAUGGGCUCCGGACAAUGGUGUUCGCAUACAGAAGAGUAGGGGCCUCCGAGUAUGAAAAGUGGAGUGGGGUGUUCGCCAAGGCGAAGGCCUCUGUAGGCCCGGAGCGAGACGAGCUGCUCGAGAGUGCAUCUGACAUGAUAGAGAGGGAUCUGAUCUUGCUAGGUGCUGUGGCAGUUGAAGAUAAGCUCCAAAAAGGGGUUCCUGAAUGCAUAGAUAAGCUAGCACAAGCAGGGCUGAAGAUUUGGUUACUAACUGGUGACAAGAAGGAGACAGCAGUGAAUAUAGGAUUCGCCUGCAGUUUGCUCCGCCACGACAUGGAGCAGCUCCAUCUGUCCACAAGCAACGAGGUGCAGAUGAAGGCGAAGGAUGCCAAGGAAGAAAUUAUGAUCCAAUUGCAAAGAUUCAACCAAAUGUUCAUCGAAGAAGGAGAAAAAUCCCCUUUUGCUCUGGUGGUGGAUGGGAAGGCUCUGGAGCUGUGUCUGAACACCAAUCUGUCUGAAAAGUUCUUGUCGAUCGCUAUGAUCUGUGACGUAGUCAUAUGCUGCCGCGUCUCCCCCAAGCAGAAGGCAUCGAUCACGAGGAGGGUGAAAGAGUACUCGGGCAAGACGAUCUUGGCAAUCGGAGACGGGGCCAACGACGUUGGCAUGAUUCAGGAAGCUGAUAUUGGAGUUGGGAUAAGUGGGAUGGAAGGAAUGCAGGCAGUGAUGGCAAGUGAUUUCUCAUUGCCUGAAUUUCGAUUUUUGGAGAGAUUGUUGAUCAUUCAUGGCCAGUGGUGUUAUAGGAGGAUUUCUAAGAUGAUUCUCUACUUUGUGUACAAAAAUGUGGCGUUUGGGCUGACGCUGUUCUACUACAACGUUUUCACCGGCUUCUCGGGGCAGGAGUUUUACGACGAUUGGUACAUGGUGAUGUUCAACGUGCUCCUAACCUCGUUGCCCGUCGUUGCCCUCGGCGUCCUAGAGCAGGACGUCUCGUCCGACGUAUGCAUCAAGUUUCCCGCCCUCUACAAACACGGCCAGCAAAACAAAUGCUUCAGCUGGAAACGCAUCCUGGGCUGGAUCUCCAACGCCAUCCUCACCUCCCUCAUCCUCUUCACCCUCCCCAUCUCCAUCCUCUCCCCCUCCGCCCUCGACCGCCGCGGCUCCCCCGCCGACGCCUCCCACCUCGGCGCCGCCACCUACACCUGCGCCAUCUGGGCCGUCAACUGCCAGAUCGCCCUCAUCACCUCCCACUUCACCUGGAUCAGCCACUUCUUGAUUUGGAGCAGCAUCCUCUCCUGGUACGCCUUCCUCUCCCUCUACAGCGACGCCUACUCUGCCGCCGCCGCGUAUAAAGUCUUCCCGGACCAGAUAAGCGCCGCGCCGGUGUACUGGCUGGCGACGCUGCUGGUGGUGGCGGCGGCGCUGAUGCCGUAUUUCGUGCACGUGGCGGUGCGGCGGUCGUUUUAUCCGGCGGAUGAGGAUGUGAUAAGGGAGAUGGAGCGGACGGAGAGGGACGCCGCGGGGGAGUCGGCGGUGUGGGAGAGGGAGCAGGAGAGGUCGAAGAGGGAGACGCAGGUGGGGUAUUCGGCGAGGGUGGAGGCGAAGAUUAGGCAUUUGAAGGAGCAGUUGCAGAGGAAGAGGAAGAGCUUCAUUUUGUCUGUUACUAAUAGUAGGCAGUGAUGAACGUUGAUCACAUGUAUGUGAGAGAUUUCUUUUGUGUUUGGUAGAUUGUUUUGAUUCAUUAAUAAUAUAAAAAUGUAAUUAUUUUUUAGGAAAAUUAAUGGAAAAGUAAUGAAAUUCCUAUCUUGCAA